AUGGCACCCGUCCUCCGCACUCCAUCAAAACCGAAAGCUGGCCGUCCAAAACAACGUAAACCUAAGACGUGCUACAGAUGCAAGACGACAUUCAGCUCCCAUACGAAGCUGAAAAACCAUCACUUGCGCAAACGAGGAUGCAGUCCAAAAGCUGUUGCACUACAAAAAGCUAAGCGAAAGGAGGCAAGUAGACAGUCGAGCAAGGUGUACUCUAUUAAGAGGGAACUUGAUAAUGUUGGUCUUUGGGAGUUCGACGACAAUAAAGACGAAGACGAAUCAAUGGGCGAAUCCGCAGACGAGGAUCCCAAGCGAGCAGCAAGAUGGGUGCCGUUUAACGACAAUUUGGCGGCCGCGAAGAGCCUGUCGCAAUUGGACUGGACUCAAGUUAUAGACUUGCGUUAA